AUGGAGGUACCAUCUUGGCUUUUGCAGCGUGGCGCCGCGCUGCAUAGUGCUGCAGAGGGCGGACACAGCCGGGUGAUCAGGCAACUCCUGAGAGCCCGUGCGCAGUUCCAGCUGGAUGCCUCCGGGCGGCAGCCGCUGCAUCUGGCAGCCACAGCCGGCCAUGUGGCUGCGGCCCAACAGCUGCUAGAAGCUGAUGCGGACCCGACCGUCGCCUCGGCGCGGCAGGAGCAGCCUCUACACCUCGCCACCAGUAGUUGCAGGCUAACCCACUUGCUGCUGGCCUUCCGGGCAGCAGUAUCAGCAGAAGAUCAUGAGGGAGUGCAGGCGAUCCACUGGGCUGCCGCCUCUGGCUCGCACUGCGUGGUGCGCGCGCUCCUGGCUUCCAAGGCCUCCUUGGCAUCAGGUGACCGUGUCCAUGGUGGUCAGCCUAUCCACUGGGCUGCAGCCAAUGGGCGGGUCAAGAUGGUGCCGAUGCACUGGGCGGCGGGCAAUGGGCAGCGGCAGGCUGCCGAGGAGCUUCGAGACCUGGUUUGGCGAGCUGUGUCGAAAAGAGUGCUGGGUUGGCCGCCAAACGCGGCAGGUCAAAGCAGAGGUGGUUUCGUAUACAAAGGGAGCAUCUGCUUUCUCUCAAGACAUGGUGAUUUGGGGUGUAUUAUGUGUAUUCUAAGCAUCUCCGAACCUGACAAGUUCAGUGAGGCACCAAGCUAG